AUGGGUGUUGUAGGGUGGUCUUGGGCUGCAUAAGGAGCUAUGCUCUUCUGGGUGUUUCUUGGCCCCCUGGCUUUGGUUCUGGGGCUCCUAUGUGUUUUUUCUGAUCCUACCAUGCUGACCUGUGGCCAAAAAAGCUUACAGCUCACCUUGCCACAAGGCUGGGAAGGGAAUGCUUCAUUUGUGCUGACUAUAUGGGAUACUGAAGGGAAGGCACGUUUGCAGAAUGACUCUGGCUGUGGGCUCUUGGUAUCUGGGACUCCAGAAGGCUCCAGGAAAAUAUCGGUCUCUUAUGCAGGCUGUUAUGUCUUUGAGUGGGAUCACAAUUCUAUACUGGUUGGGCUUGAAGGAACAGAUUCUGCUGGGCAAAAGGUUCUUCAUGAAGAGACUCUGCUCAGGUGCCCUGUGGACCUUCGUGCCCUGGAUGCUCCAAGCAGCAGUGUCUGUCUGGCCGUUCCCAGCCAGGACCGGCUGCCGUGUGCCUCCCUGCCCAUCAGCCAGGGAGACUGUGAAGCACGAGGCUGCUGCUAUGACCCCAGAGACAGGAUGAAGCCUUGCUACUUUGGUAACACAGUGACAGCUCAUUGCACACCAGAUGGCCAGUUUUCCGUUGCUCUUUCUCGGGAUGUCACCCUGCCAACUGUUGCCCUCGACUCAGUGCAACUGACCAGUGGACACAGUACUGGCUGUGUCCCUGUCCUAGCAAACAAUGCCUUUGUUGUGUACCAGUUUCCACUCUCUGCCUGUGGCACUACUUUUCAGAUGAAUGCAGACCAGGCCAUAUAUGAGAAUGAGUUGGUGGUGAGCAGGAAUGUGAAGACUGGGAGCCUUGGCUCUGUCACUAGGGAUAGCACUUUCAGGUUACAUGUCCAAUGUACUUAUUCCAUCAGUGGGAGCUCCCUUCCCUUGAGUGUUCAGGUCUUCACAUUGCCACCACUCCCUGCUGUGUCCCAGCCAGGUCCUCUGUCUUUGGAGCUGCAUGUUGCCUCAGAUGGAAGCUAUAUCUACUAUAUGGACAGUGACUAUCCUGUUGUGAAGACUCUGAGAGACCCUGUUUAUGCAGAGGUCAAGAUCCUUCAGGGAACAGACCCAGACCUGAUUUUAGUUUUGCACCACUGCUGGGCCACACCAAGCACCAACCCCCAGCAACAGCAGCAGUGGCCAAUUUUGGUGCAUGGGUGCCCUUAUGCAGGCGACAACUGUCAGACACAGCUGAUGCCUCCAAGUUUCAUCUCAGGACUACUGUUGCCCUCUCAUUACCAGCGUUUCCCUCUCUACACAUUCACCUUUGUGGACUCCACUUCCCAUGAGAAACUCUCUGGGCUGGUAAGAUCCUUGUACCUGCACUGCAGUGCUUCCGUGUGCCACCGGUCUGUAAAGGAGUCCUGCAUCCCCACUUGUCCUUCCAGAGUCAGGGGUAAAAGGAGUGCUGAGCCUCCUUUUCAGGAAGGUCCUUCCGAUGUCUCCAGGAAAGGCCCUGUGAUUUUCCUCCAGCAUGAGCUAAAACAGGACACAGCCAAGGAUGGCCUUGCGGCUGUGCAUGCUGCAGCCCCCUGGGCUCUGGGAUUUGCUGCUGUGGCAACUGGGACAGCUCUGUGUGUGGUGCUUGUGGUUUCUGUGCUGUGGCAAAGGAAGGCGUCAGCCGUGCAUGAAGUCAGUGGAUUGCAAUAA